AAAACACCCUAUCUCACCUUAAGUUUCCACCAUCAUCUUUAUAAAUAUCUCAGAAUCCUCUGACCUUUACACACACACAAAAAAAUUGAAGCAAGANAAAAAAAAAAAAAAAAAAAAAAAAAACAAGAAAUGGAACAAGAAGAUUUCUACUUCCCUGACAGCGAUCUUGAUCUCAGCUUCACAUCUACCGUCACAGACCGUACAUUCGCCUCCUCAAGCGCUCGUUCCAGCUUAACCUCCUUAAGCUUCAACGACAGACUCUCCACUUCCUCAGCCGUAACAACCUCAUCCGUCUCCUCCUCCACAGUCAACCACCGUCGUCAUGAUCCUCACUGGUCAGCAAUCAAAUCCGCAAAACUCCUCUCCUCCGACGGAAACAUCCACCUCCGUCACCUUAAACUUAUACGCCACCUCGGAAGCGGAAACCUAGGCCGAGUCUUCCUCUGUAACCUCCGUGACUCCUCCGCAAGAUUCGCCUUAAAAGUCAUCGAUCGCAACUGCCUCGCGACGGAGAAGAAGCUCUCUCAGGUAGAGACGGAGGCAGAGAUCCUCUCCUUGCUAGACCACCCUUUCCUCCCUACGCUCUACGCUCGUAUCGACGAGUCUCACUACACUUGUCUCCUCAUUGAUUAUGCACCAAACGGAGAUUUACAUUCCUUGUUACGCAAGCAACCUGGUAACCGUUUACCGAUUCAGCCGGUUAGGUUCUUCGCCGCCGAAGUUCUCGUCGCCUUAGAGUAUCUUCACGCAAUGGGGAUCGUAUACCGUGAUCUCAAACCUGAAAACGUUUUGCUCCGCGAAGACGGACACGUCAUGUUGUCAGAUUUUGAUCUCUGUUUUAAAUCCGACGUCGUCCCUACUUUUAAAUCUCGCCGGUACCGGAGAACUUCUUCAUCCCCGUCGCUUCGUCGGAGAAGAAGCGGCUGCUUCUCGGUACAAACGGAGGAAAGGUACGAGAGAGAAGAGAUCGUGUCUGAGUUCGCGGCAGAGCCAGUGACGGCGUUUUCAAGGUCCUGCGUCGGAACACAUGAGUACCUUGCACCGGAGCUAGUCUCCGGCAACGGACACGGAAGCGGAGUUGACUGGUGGGCGUUCGGAAUAUUCCUUUACGAGAUGCUACACGGAACGACGCCGUUUAAGGGAGAGAGCAAAGAGCAAACCCUCCGGAAUAUAGUAUCGACCACUAAGACCGCGAGUUUCAACGUGGACGGUGAUUUGGAGGAGGAAGCCAAGGACUUGAUUGAGAAGCUUUUGGUGAAAGACCCGAGGAAAAGGCUAGGAUGCGCCAAGGGUGCGCAAGAUAUCAAACGUCAUCCGUUUUUCGAUGGGAUUAAGUGGCCGUUGAUUAGGCAUUACAAGCCACCGGAGGAAGUUAGAGGUCUUGUGAUUAAGAAGUCGUCAACUAGAGCACAUGCUGGUCACGUGACCGCCGUUUCACCUCGGCGAAGGAAGUCGUUUUUGUGGAGGGCGUUGUCUUUUUUACUGCGCAGUAAAAGCUCUAGUGGUGGGAGUAGAAACCAGAGCAAUAGUAAUUAUUACCAUUAUGUGGGCAAAAGCUACGCGAGUCGUAAACGUGUUUAAGGCUGUCUCACUCUUUCUUCUUUUUUUUUUUUUUUCUUCAAAUUCUUCUUAUACGAUUUUUAGGGUUAAAAAUAUAUUUAGAAGGCGUGUAUAUGAUGUGUAUUAGUGUAUGUAUACAAUAGGAGAUUCAACGAUUUUGUAUAUGGAAGUUAAAUUAUACGUGAA